CUUUUAUCUUGAAACCAGUGGCACCGGAAGUGAGUUCCAGUUUCGUGGAGUCUGUUCGGGUCCACGUGAGCUCGUAGUUAUCGCAAUGUGUGACAGAGGACAGAUGCUGUGUCUCCGAGAUAAAGCGUGAAUGUGAGCGUUACGGUUGGACCGGUGAAGUGGAGAAUAGGCUGUAGUUGAGAUCCAGAGGGAUUAUGGCAUCAUGACUGAGGAGCUGUUCAGAAACACACAGGUGUCCAUGAAGGUGGCUGCUUUGCGCUUUGUGGACUUGCCACUGUCAGUCUAUUGCUCCCUUCCACAGAUCGGGUCGCUCAAGCCAAUCACCGCACGCCUAACUAAAUGCCAGGCAGUCAAUUCCAGUCAUGUGAGUCUGAGCACCGGCACCAAGAAGCUCUUUGCCGCCACUGCCUUCGGCGCAGUCUCCCUCAUCUACCUCGCCCGGCGCUUCAGGAGGAGGAAGGGCAAGAAAAAAGCCACUUCGUCUGUAGAGCUCGAAACAUUUGAGUUGCUCAGCACUGCCCCCUUGAAAAAAGAGUCUGAGUGUCUAAAUCUGCUUUUAAACUCAAAGAACUGCUACACGUGUAAUGUGGUGUCCAAUGGUAGUCUGUUCAGCAAGCUUUCCAGCUCCCUGCCUAGCCUGGCCUCCAUGAGGAGCAGGCACUCCUCCAGUAGCUCCACCUGCGCUAACGACUCCAGUUGUUGGGAUGGAGCAGGAGACGACGGCGAAAUCUGUAGCCUGCUCAACAUCCCCGUUACCACUCCAGAGAACCUCUACCUGAUGGGAAUGGAGUUGUUUGAGGAAGCCCUGCGGCGCUGGGAACAGGCUCUAACGUUCCGCAGCAGGCAAACAGAAGAUGAUGAGAACUAUGCGUCUGUGAAACUGGGAGCUGGAGAUGCCAUUGCAGAAGAAAGCAUGGAGGAUAUAAUCAGUGUAGAAUUCAUCAGAAAGCUGGAGUCCCUGCUACAGAGAGCCUAUCGGCUCCAGGAAGAAUUUGAGGGAGCUCUGGGGAUGACAGAACCUUCAACACAUCCUAAUAAUGAUAAGCACAUGGAUCUCUCCGUGCGGGAGGACUUGGAGGACACCUGUCUGAGGGAUUCAAUCAGCAUCGCCUCAACGGAUUCCUUCGUCUCUGCCGCAGAGUUAUCAGAGCACAGAGAGAUGAGGAGUGCCCAUGUGCUGGGGUCAUUGUGUCAUCAUCUUUUCUAUGAGGAUGCCCUGCAGAUGGCAGAGGAAGGGAAGAUCUCCUGUCGAGUGUUACGAACUGAAAUGUUGGAAUGUCUCGGAGACACUGACUUCCUGGCAAAGCUGCACUGUAUACGCCAGGCGUGCCAGGUCAUCUUAUGUGAAAGAGCAACUAGAGCAUUCCUGGCUGACAUAGGAAAGAGGAUAUUAUCUUCAAUAAUUGUUAAAGCAAGGAAGAGCCCAAAGAGAUUUGAGGAGGUGUUUGAAGAAAUGAUCUGCUUUCUGGAGCAAACAGACCAUUGGGAGAACACAGAAAUUGAGCUUUCUGCAAGAGGGGUUAAACAUUUGAACUUCUUUGACAUUGUUCUUGACUUCAUCCUCAUGGACUCGUUUGAGGAUCUUGAGAAUCCACCUAUUUCUAUUCAAAAUGUGGUCAACAAUCGAUGGCUCAACAACUCCUUCAAAGAGACCGCCGUUGCAUCAAGUUGUUGGUCUGUUCUGAAGCAGAAGAGGCAACAUAUGAAGGUUCCAGAUGGCUUCAUUGCCCAUUUCUAUGCAGUGUGUGAACACAUAAGUCCCGUCUUGGCCUGGGGGUUUCUAGGCCCUAAAAGUUCCCUGAACGAUUUCUGCUGCUUCUUCAAGGAGCAGGUGCUAUUCUUCAUGAAGGACAUUUUUGAUCUGGAUAAAGUGCGUUACUCUAGUCUGGACACUCUGGCUGAGGACAUAUUGCACCUGCUUCACAGACGUUCGGAGCUGCUUCUUGCCUAUGUAGGCACCGAUAUCAUCUGUCACCUAAAUGGCUGUAGUGGCACACCUUUGCAUCUGCUACCAAGUGCUUUGCUGGAGGCACAGGUUCAGUGAGCUACAUCCGUCUCAUCCUCCACAUUAUGACUCGUCUUCCAAGUCAUUAUUAGUGCCAUGUUAAUGCAGUAUAGUCUGUCGUUAUUUAAAUGAAGCAGGUAAAAAGGGACAAUGUAUUUUAAUAUGCCUUUCAUGUGGUGUUCCAGUAGCUUUUUUUUUUACUUUAAAAAAGAUUUGCACAACAAAUGACUUUUUGGGGUCCUUGAUGUUUUAAAAAUUGAAAGCUUUCACUGUUGUAUUUUCAUAGUUCUGACAAAAAGGAUGUUAUUCGUAAGAGAUUAAGUCACAUGUAGGUCACUUAGUCAAAACUUUUUAUAGGAAUUAAAUGUUCAACACUGGCCAUGAAUUCAAUUUAGACUUCUUUACUCUUGUUGAUGCUGUUAAUUAUGUUGAACAGCUGGCUGUUAUGAAUUUAAAUCAUUUCAUCAACUACUACAAAUCGUACUUGUGACAAAGUUCAAACAUUUGAUGUAUUCUGUAACGAUGUGGAGUUGAAGCUGUAUUGUUAAGCCAGUAUUAAGCCUGUAUUAGUUGAACACUGAAAUCACUAAGUGACAAAAUAAAAAUCUUAAAGCCAA